UUCGAAUCCAUACUGAUGUCGAUCAAGGCCAUUUUACGAACUAGUAUUUUGAGCCUUGCUUACUAUCGACCUGCCAUGAGGGAGAAAGGAAGAAGCUUCGGAUAAGAUUUCCUACUGCGAUUGCUAAAAGAGGUUUGAAUGACGUCAUUUGCCAGGAAAGUAGGCAUGUAUCACUGUUUAUGCUAUGUCCUAAGGGUGAAGAUGAUUGUCUGGAUAUAAAGAACCUACGAUUUCCAAAAUCACGAUGUAGUUUCAUCAACAACAUUCAAAAUGUAUUUCCACCUCCCCUUCAUAACUGCGUUUCUUGUAUCUUUUGCCUCUGCUCGAUAUGGUUCUUUAUUAGAAAGUAUCGGAACUGGACCAGGACCUUGGCAAAAUGCCUCCUACUUUGAAGAAUAUAAUCAAUCCCCUAACGCCACGGGAAGCGGCCCAUUAUACAGCGUCAAUACGUCUGUGGCUCCCCCUACAGGUCAGAUAGUGAGCUGGGAUACAAGAAUCAACGUCACCGAAGUUCCAUGGACUGCCAAGGAAACUGUGACGAAUACAGUGAUCUCAUUCGAUACACAAGAUAAUAUUUUUCCCUCCAAUUCCUCAUGGCAAACAUGCGUGAUUCUUUUCACAAACGUGCCAAGAAAUGUGACAGUCAAAGGUCAAAAUGAUCCAGGAGAUUGCACGACGUUGUAUACGAAAGAAUGUAUAUCGGAUUUCAAUUCGGCGAUCUUAUUCGCGAGGCUAUCAGCUGGUGGUCCCUGUCCAGGUAGCUUGCUUAACAUCAUACCAAAUAGUUGUGCAGGAUCAAUAAUUGCAGACUUCUCUACUGCACGUAUGUAUUUCCCGAGAGCUCAUCGAAUUUUAAAGAAGGUCACUAAUCCAAAACAGAAAUCGUAUCAAAUCAAACUCAUGGGUCAGCCUGGAUGUCCAGAUCCAGCGAUCCCCACGAUUCCGCCGAUUUCACCUUUUACGAAGAGGCGGUCACCAGAAUAUGGCCAAUUCUGAUAAUGCAAAGUCCGAGCGAGGAUUUUCGAGGAACUGGACUAAGCUUUUCUAACAUGAGUUGUUUGAGAGCGAAGAAUAUAACUAGUGGGAGUAAAAACGUCAAUGAUGUUCCUGGAGCGGGUAGUAGAAUGGCUCUUGGUGGAUGGACAUUAUUCGUCGUGAUGGGCGCUAUGAGUCUAUUUUUUUAAUGAACCAGAAAGAGGGCAAGAGUCCCUAGAUUCAAUUAGAUGAGAGCUAGGAAAGAGGAAUCAAUAUCCGAGUCGUCUCCAAGGAAGUAAGAUUCUUCCAAUUUUAGCUGUUUUAA